CGUUCCUCGUCUGAUCUUGAUCAUAGAGGUAGCUUCCAUUGCGCCGGUGUUGGCUACAGCUUCACCUUCUACUUUCUUUCACGGGUUUCUUCUUUUUUUCUUCCUGUCUUUUACUUCUCGAGGGGGAAAAAAGAAAAGAAAAGAAAAGAAAAGCAACCAUGUCCCGCGCCUCCAAGCUCACCCUCCUCGGCACCUCCGCCUUUGCGCUCGGCACCGUCGCCCUGGUGCAUUGGCAGCAACAAGCCGAGAAGGAGGCAAUGCACGCCGGCGUCAUCCGCGACAUGGAACAACAACGAAUCAAGCGUGAGCGCCAGCUCGAUUUCGAAAUGCAGCGCGAGCUCGAGAACGAGUACAAGAAACUCCAGACUGUUCGCGAUGUCACAGAUCAGAUGGACCCGGUACCUACGAAACCUAACGCCCUAACGGCAGGACUGCCGAGGCCGAGUGCGGCGGGUAGUAUACCUGUUGGAGGGGCCAUUGGGACAGGGACAGGGACGGGGGAGAAAUGAGGAGGAGGUGUGGUAGCUGAGAGGGAAAAAAGAAAGAGAUAAAGAGGAGGGACUGGCUAUACCGAUGGUCCGCUCGUUGACUACGAGCUAGAGAGGGGAGGAGGUUCCGACCCAGCGGACCCAAAGUGAGGACAGCGAGGUACACCUGGGCUACCUAUAGAGAGUCAAGAAGACGAGCAGAAACGCCGCCUUCUUUCCUAGCUAGCGAGCGGUGCCUUUUCCGAAGGCCAAGAGGUACGCUUGUCGGCGUACGGAUAGCCAGAUGGUGCGGCUGCCCUCAUGGCUUUAUCUGGUAGACCGACGUGCUCAAUAUGUCGGUCUUGACUGUUUACGGGGAUGAGCUUGGCGGCUUCCUUCAGGGUGGAAGUCUGCGGCUGGAAUCCUUGAGGGACAGCAGUCAUAAACUGUAUAACACUUGUAUUAUUACGUCUCUGCUUGGAAGCAGACUGGCAUCUUGUACUUAUUAUUGUAUUGGACAUUCAUAAGGAAUUGUUUCGAGGGUACUUGAUGUGUAUGUGCCUCCAAUGUCAAGUUUGCGA